CGGGUUUGGUCGCGUGAAAGAAACAACUAAAAAAAAUAGAUUUAAAAAUAAUAAUAAUAAUAAUAAAUUAAAUCACCACUCCAAAUUCUAAACGCACCAAGGACUAAACAUGGCGACUCCACCGAAGAGGUUAUGCCGCGUCCCCGUCUCCUGUUCCCGAAAACACAAGAAGAUCUCCAUAGAGGGAAACAUCGCUGCUGGAAAGUCAACGUUUGUGCGUCUGCUUCAGAAGGCAUCAGAGGAAUGGGAGGUGAUUCCAGAGCCGAUCGGGAAAUGGUGCAAUGUUCAGAACGAGAGUGAUGACAUUUACCAGGAUCUGAGUUCAUCUCAGAAGAGCGGAGGAAACCUGUUGCAGAUGUUGUAUGACAAACCGAGUCGUUGGUCCUACACUUUCCAGAGUUACGCGUGUCUCAGCAGAGUUCGUUCUCAGCUUCAAUCUCCGUCAGGUAAACUACAGGAGGCAGAACAUCCAGUUCAAUUCUACGAACGUUCUGUCUACUCAGACAGGUAUGUGUUUGCAUCCAACCUGUUUGAGUGUGGGAACCUGACGGAGACGGAGUGGAGCGUCUAUCAGGACUGGCACACCUGGUUACUGAACCAGUUUGAAUCUGACAUUGCCCUUGACGCCAUCAUCUACCUGAGAGCACAGCCACAGCGUUGUAUGCAGCGACUACUCCAUCGCGGUCGGGAGGAGGAGCAGGGCAUUCCUCUGGAGUAUCUCGAACAGCUUCACUUCAAACAUGAGUCCUGGCUUUUCAACAGGAAUCUCAGGUUGGACUUUGAUUACUUGAAUGACCUUCCUAUCCUCAUCCUGGAUGUUGACGACGACUUCAAGAACGACAGAAUAAAACAGGAAGAGAUCAUUGACAAGGUCAAAGAGUUUCUCACCACGCUUUAAAACUGAACAAUCACAGCAUGUGACGCAGCCAGUGGAGCCUCUGAUUGGCCGGCACUUUGUAAAUGUUUUUAAAGUAUUUGAAUUUUUUUCUGUUUUUAAAACAGAAUAUUACUUAAACACAGUUUUUUCUUUUGUCAUUUGUAUAUUUUUUGUAUGCUGUUACAAUUUACCCAAGCAGCUCAUUGAGUUAGUGAAGGUGUUGUGUGUAUAUUUUCUGUCACUGAUUAAAUGAACUGGUUUAUUUUAAUCUGA